AAACAGUCUGUCAAAAACAGCAGAGAAAAAAAUAAGCCAAAAUUUGUAACUUUUUCAUUCCACGUCAUUUUGUAGGAAAUCGUACAAAAACAAUUGAUUUCACUCAUUCCAAUGGGCGCAAAUACUAACUAAUUGUGUUACCCUUAAAUUGUCCCAUGUGCCUACGUUAGAGGAAAAUCCUGUCCUACCCGUCUGCAGGAUCCCUCUCGUUCGUCAGUCCCCCGCUGCAGACGCAACGCAAACGACAACAACAUCCAACAAAAGAGGAGCCCUUCCUUUGGGGGGAGGCGUUUAAUGGGUGUUUCGGUUGGUGUGGUGCUACGGUAGCGCGAUUAUGCGAUGCAAUCAAGGGCAAGACGUCGUUACGGUGCUGACGAUACGGGUGACUCAUUCGCUGUAAUAACGAUCGGCUCGGACGGAGCAGCAACUUCCGCCUCGUCAUCGGGCACUAGCCAGCACCACCACCAGCGAGUGGAAGACGACAUCCCCGAGAAGCCCAAAUAUCCGGCCCCUAGUUCGGCCACCAGCUGGUUACCAGCGCUGUCGCAGCGAAUCUUUGCCUCUGUUGCACCCGCACCGACCAAUCCCGCGCCACGGAACGCUUGGAACGAGCCACCACCGAAGCAACAGCAACAGGGCUUUUGGGCGAGUGAAGGCCAACGGGAAGCGGAGGAGGACGACGACGACGAUCUUCUCGGUAAGAACAGUGCACUGCCGGAGUUCACGAUGACGGCACGGGACCGUUCCGGUGAGUUUGCGAGCGCAAUCCGGUCGCUCCAGGGCCGCAACAUCCAGCGGGCAGUGAACCUGAAAGACCCGCGCAAGGCCAAGCACAUGCAGAGCUACGCGGAGUUUAUGAUGAUUGCCAAGCACAUUGGCAAAAACAUUGCCAGCACGUACACCAAGCUGGAAAAGUUGACGCUACUGGCUAAGAAGAAGACGCUUUUCGACGACCGGCCAGCCGAGAUACAGGAGCUGACGUACAUCAUCAAGGGCGACCUGAACUCGCUCAACCAACAGAUCGCCCGCCUGCAGGAGGUCUCGAAAUCGCAACGAAGGUCCACCAGCAACGGCAAGCAUUUGCUUUCACAUUCCUCCAACAUGGUGGUGGCGCUGCAGGCCAAGCUCGCCAACAUGAGCUCCGACUUCAAGCAGGUGCUGGAGGUGCGGACGGAAAACUUGAAGCAGCAGAAAACGCGACGGGAUCAGUUCAGCCAAGGUCCGAUGGCCGGUGGAUUGCCACCGUCGACGAUGCGCGGCUCAACGCAGGGCAGCUUGCUGCUACAGGAGCAGCAGGAUCAGGUGUGCAUCGAUAUGGGUGGUGCCGCCACGUCUGGUGGAUCGUCCUCCGAACGAGCGCCGUUGCUACAGCAACAGCAGCAGCAGCAGCUGGUGCUGUACGAUGAGUCCGAUAGCUACGUGCAGGAGCGGGCCGAAACGAUGCAAAACAUCGAAAGCACGAUCGUGGAGCUGGGUGGCAUCUUUCAGCAGCUGGCCCACAUGGUGAAGGAGCAGGAGGAGAUGGUCGAACGGAUCGAUAGCAAUCUGCAGGACGUGGAGCUGAACGUGGAGGCGGCCCACGGGGAAAUUCUCAAAUACUUCCAAUCGGUCACGAAGAACCGUUGGCUGAUGAUCAAGAUCUUUGGCGUGCUGAUACUGUUUUUCAUCUUUUUCGUUAUCUUCCUAGCGUAGUGUGGGUCUGAAGGGGGGGUGAUGGUUUUGGUCGAUUUUUGCGCUCACGGGAGCACACACACACCAUUGUAUAGUUGAAUUUUGUUCUAUUUUUAGUAACAAUUUUUAUCCCAUUGUCCCCACACGUUGGCUUGAUGGAUGUGAAUCCCGGGGAGCGACUGCAGGCGUCCUUCUGUUUUAUUCUGGCUUAUUAUAUCCUAGAACCUAGUGGCUUUUUGGCUUAGCGAAUACGAAUACGAAGUGCUAACGAAUCCGGGGCUGGGCAGAAGUAAGUGUGGAGCUGUUACAUUUGGGGGGCGAGUGGACGGACGAAGAUUGUGUAUUACAGAAAUCAAUUGUUUGUAUAUAGGAAGUGGUGAGGUACGGCCGGGCGGAACAUGUAACACACGUUGUCCUACGGGAGCAAAACAAUAUAAUAUAUAAAUUAAAUCAUUUUAAACACAA